AUGUUUGCAAAUGGCAAUCUUGUAUUUAUUUCUGGUAAAUACGUUGUCGAAAAUUCAAAGCCAUGUUUUACAAUUGCAUAUUCGAGCAUUAUUGAUAAUGAAAGUCCGAAUCGGAAAUUUGAUAUGUUUAAUGUUCCCAUAUCUAUUCCCCACUGUAUAUAUUCUGCAAUUGUUAAUCGCAAACCAAAGAAAAUCGAAGAAUUUAUUCAGUUUGGUGUUAAUACAAUUGAAUAUAAUUCUGUUACAAGUAAACCCUAUGUUAAAAUAGACAUGAUGAUUAUUUAUCUACUCAAAUCACCUAAAUUUAAGUAUUUAGGUGUUAUGGCUACUAAACGUAAAAGUCAUCUUUUUCGAAAAUCUGAAAAUACAAAAAGAAAAAAUCGUAUAACUAAUCUUCGUCAAAAUAAUGAAUAUGUUCAAACAUCUAAUAUAGCACGAAACAAUCGUCGAAAGCAAAAAAAAAUGAAUCAAGAAUUUGACAAAACCCUUGAACAACAGACUAUGUGGCCUCAACAAGUCAAUCCUGAUAUAGCAAGAAAUGCAUUGGCUGAAUUUCAUAACAAAACAAGUCUUAAUAAAAGUGAAAUUUCAGAAGCCUUACUUUUAACUACUACAGUUGUAGAUAUUGAUUCUAGAGAAGCAGAGCAUUAUACUGAAUCAGAUAGUGAGAUUGAUGAAGAAUCUGAUUGUGAUGAUCAUAAUUUAAAUAAAUUUAUCAAUAAUAAUUCAAUUAAUAAUGUAAGCAACCUUAGAACUUCUGGAAUAUUGCAUGUUGAUAACAUACCAAUUACUAAAAAAGAGCUUAUAUUAUAUUCUUUACAAAAGUUAGUAGAAAGAUCCAAUCAACAAUCUUUGAGUAAUAACUACAAUACAUUGAAAACUAUUUCUGUACAGCCACUCUUAAUUCACAUACUCCAUAGUAAUAAGCUUUUAAAUGAAUAUGAAGAUCCAACUCUUUUUCCUGCUGGGUUUCCAGUUCUUUAUCCUUAUGGUGUCGGAGCUAUGUUAAUAUCCACACUUAAUUUCUAUGAUAUAAAAUUGGCUAUUGAACAAGAACAAAAUAAACAAAAUAUAACUAAUCUAGCAAUUCUUGAAUUACUUAAAAAUGUUAAUGCUGCUGGCUCUAAAUUAAUGGCUUCUCAUCAGUCACAGGCCUAUCCUUCAGCUGUUGUCAAAUAUUUUGAUAUAAUUAUUUGGUCAAUUAUAAAUACUUUAAUUGGUUAUAAUAAAGAAAAUAGUAGCAUAUUUGGUUUUAUAAAAAACUACUAUAGUGUCAUUGAAUAUCAAGACCAUGGCACACCUCAUUGUCACAUGCUUGUUUGGCUUUACAAUGCUUCUGACCUGAUAACAUUGUGUAAUAAGAAUAAAUAUAAUGCUGAAUUCAGCCAGCAUUUACUACAUUAUGUUAGCAAUAUUGUUCGAGAAGAUAUAAGCUAUCUACUUAGAAAAGGUGAAAUUUUAACAGAUGAUAUGCUUAAGGCCAAAUACUCAUCCCCGAAAACAAUUUUUGAAAAAGUGAUUUGCACACUUUUUCAUCACUGCAAUCGAACUUGUACAAAAUACAAUCAUGGUUUACAAAAACAUUGUAGGUUUGAUUUUCCAAGAGAGCUUGUAGAUCCACCUGGCAUAAUUUUACCUGAUCUUGGCAUUAUUGUGAUUCAACAGACUAAUGCUUUUAUUAAUAAUCACAACCUAUAUAUUACUGCUGCAUGUAGAGGAAAUAAUGAUAUCAAAUUUAUUGCUACUCAAAAAUUAGAUUUAGCAUAUAUUUACUAUAUCACUAAAUAUGAUGCUGAUGAUCAAUAUGAUCUUUUUGAAGAAGAACCAACUGACAUUAAUUUCUCUGAAAAUAUAGCUAUAUUAAAUCUUGCCAUUAUUGUUAGAUCUGCCCCUCUGACUAUUACUAACAGUAAUAAAACAAUAGAUCCCUUAGAAAAGUUUGCAUCUGGAUUAAAUGAAGAGCAAAAAAAGGCCUAUUUUCUUGUCUGUGAUCAUUAUCGAAGAAAUCAACCUAUAUUUAAAUGUAGACCAUCACAAUUACUAUUUUACCUUGCAGAUGCAGAAGGAACUAGUAAAUCUCGAGUAAUACAAGCAAUUAGUUCUUGUUUUGGAUAUACUUCACAAUGUCAAACUCUUCUCAUACUAGCACCUACUGGUAUUGCUGCUGCAAAUGUUUAUGGAAGUACUAUUCACUUUGCUUAUAGCUUUAGUUUUGGCGGAAAUAGUAAGAAACCAGCUUUUUUGGUAGAAGAAACUCUAUGCCAACUUCAAGAAUUAUGGUCUGUGAUAGAAUACGUUAUAUUAGAAGAAGUUUGUAUGAUCAGUCAAAACCUUUUAGCUCAAUUUCAUGCUUUUAUGAAAAAAUUAAAAGCAACUGAUAAUUCGAUGCCCUUUGCCGGAAUAAAUAUCAUGUUUGUAGACUCUUAUAACAGAACUAUCCUUAUACGAAACAAUCAUCUCAAGUUUUUAUCAAUGUCUGAUAUGAAAGAUAAUGCUCUUUGCGGUAUUUUGCCCUUGUCCAUUAAUAUGAAAGUUGUCAUCACUGUAAAUAUUUGUGCUAAUGAUAACUUGGCAAAUGGCUUACAAAGCAUUCUUCAAAAAAUAGUAUAUGAUAAAGAUUUUAUUGAUCUAUUACCUUGUAAUGAAAAAGCUAUAAUACUAAAAAGCCCACCUAAGUAUAUCAUCAUCGAGUUAAUAGGCAGAACCCCAGGUCCUUAUCAAGACCUUCAGACUAAUCAUAUACCUAUUUAUCCUAUCAAACAUCCUGCAUCAUUUGCAUUCACUGAUUACAAAUUGCAAGGAAGAACUCUUCAAAAGGCUAUAAUUGACCUUACAAGCAGUAAUACAUGCAAUGGUUUAUACAUUAUGCUUUCUCACAUUCAGAGAUUAAAUGACUUACUAAUUCUACAACCAUUUAAUGAAUCUAUAUUAAAUAUGCAAAUACCACCUACCCUUCAUGCUGAAUUCGAAAGGUUUGAUGAAUGCACACAAAGAACAGCUCAAUUAAAAAAAUGGCCAAAUGUUUAA